AUGAAGCGGCACGUUUCCCAUCAGUAUUUUACUCUACGAAGCGACAAGCGGUACAAGAUGGAAUUGCAAUGGGAUACAGCUAUCGACGCUGUCGGCAACACGGCUAUUCUACUCGGAGACUUCGACAAAUGUUCUAAAAGCACCCUCUUGCGCCUGACAGACAUCGAGGGCUACCAUAUCGAGUGCUCCGACAAGAGCACCAAUCCUGAAACCUUACGCCUAACAGCUGCCUUGAGAUUUACUGGUAGUAUCGGUCGGGGAUAUCAAACGUCGUGA